AGGCUCUUCCACAAGUAUCACAAAAAUCCAGUUCUCAACAUUCCUUUACCAAAUCCAUAAACCGAAUUUUCUAGAAGAACACUUUUUCUCGAACUGGCUAACUUUCAAGAAAGUGCCGAAGAAGCAGAUUCCAGCAAUCAAAAGCUGGUUCUCACACUAUAUGAAGCCUUAAACUCUCGAGACUCCGACACCGUGGUCAAGAUCCUCGCUUCUGAUCUCGAGUGGUGGUUUCACGGUCCACCCUCUCAUCAGUUUUUGAUGCGCACGCUCACCGGCGACUCCACCGCCGUCGAUACCUUCCGGUUCGUUCCACAGUCUCUCGUCUCGUUCGGCUCCACCGUUAUAGUUGAAGGCUGCGAUACUUCACGCGCCAUCUCCUGGGUUCACGCGCUCACUCUAGCGGAUGGGAUAAUCACCCAGGUUAGGGAGUAUUUCAACACUUCCCUCACUGUCACUCGCUUCGCCGAGAAAGACUCCGAGGAGAUUGUUCCGGCAACGUUUGAUUCCGGUCGCUUCCCUUGCGUCUGGGAGAGUAGCGUUUCUGAUCGGGUCGGUAAAUCUGUACCCGGUUUGGUUCUCGCAAUAUAAAAGAUAAAAUUAAGAGGUUCAGUAAUCACGUGUUUAGGUUACUGGAUUAGAAUAAAAUAAACUCCUGUACACGUGGCAGUCGGUGGUUGGCUUUUGUUUCACGUUUUCACGGGACGUAACUUUCGGUGUUUUUUCCGUAGGGGAUGUGAGACUUUGUUCUGCUGUCGGCGUGGUGUGGUGUUUUUUUUUUCUUCUUGUUUGUUUGCUUAAUUACUUGUGUGGGUUGGAACCAUUAUUAUUAUGGGUGCUUCUAGUUGGUUGUUUGAUUUUGAAUUUGUAAUAUGUUGUUUGGAAGAUUUAAUGAUAAGAGUAAUUAUGAAUGUUUGUUUUAAGAA